ACGAACGCAUUGAAUUGCAUGAAGAGUUGUAUGAAUUAGUGUAUUAAAAUAAAUAAAUAGAAAAUGAACGAUUUAAAUCAUCUGCCAUCGUUUCAGAAGAUAGAAAAGAUCGGUGAAGGAACCUACGGAAUCGUUUAUCGUGCUAAACAUAAGCGAAAUGGCAUCGAUGUAGCUCUCAAAAAAAUCCGUCUUGAGUCGGAAACGGAGGGAAUUCCAUCAACAGCCAUGCGAGAGAUUUCAUUACUUAAAAACAUGAAGCAUCACUCGAUUGUCCAAUUAUUUGAUGUGAUUGUUGCUGGAGGUUGUAUAUAUAUGGUUUUUGAAUACCUCGAUAUGGAUCUUAAAAAGUUGUUAGAUCGCAAGAAACAAUUGCUUACUCCAAAACUUGUCAAAAGUUAUAUGCAUCAGCUUUUAGAAGCUAUUGAUUAUUGUCAUAUGAACAGGAUACUUCAUAGAGAUCUCAAACCUCAAAAUUUAUUACUCGACUGUGCCGGACAUAUCAAGCUUGCAGAUUUCGGACUUGCGCGUACAUUCAAUAUUCCUUUAAGAGCAUAUACACACGAGGUAAUCACUUUAUGGUAUAGAGCGCCUGAAAUACUUCUUGGAUGCAAAUUAUAUUCAACGGCUGUAGAUAUUUGGAGUCUUGGUUGCAUUUUUGCUGAAAUGAUGAUGUUGAGACCAAUGUUUCAAGGUGAUAGUGAAAUUGAUCAAUUAUACAGAAUUUUUAGACAGUUUGGGACACCGGAUACAACAGUAUGGAAGAAUAUACAUCAAUUGCCUGACUAUAAAGAAUCAUUUCCAAAAUGGGAGCGACAAGGCUUACCAUCUCGAAUUUAUAAUGAUAAUGACGCAAUAGAGUUAUUUGAAUCAAUGAUAAAAUACGAUCCAGAUGAAAGAAUAUCAGCUAAAGAUUCCUUAGCACACAAAUAUUUUGAUAAUGUUGUCAUUGUGCCUGUUGAUUUACCACUGACGCCUGGCUCGCAACCUUCCAACACGAGCCAAUUUCUGCUAUGAUCAAUCAAUAAAUUCACAAUAUUUUAUAUCAAAUUUUACUGCCGAUU